UUCUCGUGCAUGGAGGAAAAUGGAGGUGAACAGAAGAGAGGUGCCUCUUUAUGGUCAGGUGGAGGUCCUUGUGACGUUACAAACCAAGGCUCCUGAAGAGGCAGAGUUUUAUGUCGCAGUUCAAGGCUCUGAACUCACACAUGUGACUACAGCAAGAAGAGGAGAUGAUGAUCUGACCCUUUCCUUCACAGCUCCAGGCCAUGAUCACAUGGAAGACGUCUCCGUCACAUCUUACUUUUCCGCAGAGGACCAAGUCCGGCCAUGUGAGGGGGAAACAUCCCUCGAGUACCUCAGGGACGUUGCCCAGGAAGCCGCAGAGUACCUGAGCGCAAACAGGGAUCAGCUUGGGCCCCACAGCUCCCUGGAAGUCCUGAAGAGGUUUUCCACAUCAGCACAGGCAGCUGACGAGGACUUUUCUGAUGGAGGUAUAGACUGCAGUGAGAAGGACAUGUCAUCAAUGCAAAGUCCAGGUGAUGACGCUGGUCUCAGGCAGCUAGAUGAGGAGAUCACGCACGCUAUGGCCAACAUGGAUUACCUUCAGCAGUGGAAAAACACGGACAAUCAGCCUAAAGAAGCUUAUGAUCUCCAACCCCAAGAAACCCUCCUCCACCUUGCAGUGCGUCUGGGUUUGGUCCACCUCGCCCGAUUCUUAAGUCACCAGCCAAGAGGUCAAAGGUUACUGACCUUACCCAAUCAGGACGGAGACACGCCCCUCCAGCUGGCUCAGAAGGACGGUCAGCAUGACUUGUUCAGGGUGCUGGCAACUCCUCCAGGUCCUGCAGUCGGCCCCGUUCCAGGUGUGUGGCGUGUUUGGUCCGACAGCUCCUGCAUGCUAAGGUUCUGUCCCUGGACGAACUCGCUGACCCUGACUACACGACAGAUACCCGGCAGCUGCCCUCAGGACGCCAUCAUGAUCCUCAGAGAGAGACAAAGAGAUCCCUGCAUCCUCAAGCUGAUCAAGGAGCUGAAAGCUGACAGCAAGGAAGAUAAAAAGAGCAAAGAGGAGUUUCUUCUAAAUGAUAAUGGCAUAAGCAAGGAGCUCCAAGUAGAAGCACCUGCAGUGGUGGACAACGUUUUUGACCAGCAGCUUGUUCUAUCUUUGGAUGAUGAUGAAGAAGAAGACUGCCUGUCAUCAUCAGUAAAUGGACAUCCAACGCUGUCCAGUGCAGUCCAGAGCCAGCUCAGUCUGCAGGCUUCAGACCCUCUGCUCUCCAUGAUCGACAGCAGUGAUCAGACCGUCACACAGCAGACGCAGGUUGUGGAUGAAGACACAAAGUUCAGUGUCAGUGGAGUGACGAGCAACAGCACCGGGACUGAUGGUAGUUUAUGGGACAUAGUGGAUUCAGAAGAUCUACAUCCUGCACCUGACACCCCUCCACCGCUUUCAGAGGACUUCCACCCUCCAUCUUCACCUUACUCCCUCGCCCUCUCCCCUGCGGACCACGCCCUUGCUAGGCUUAACCGUCCCACCUUCUCUGAAACAACCAAUCAGAGAGAAAGUCCUCCCAUGGACACCUGUGACCUUAGUCUCGUGGCUCUGGAGCUGGACAGCGAAGAGGACAGCCCCGAGCCAAAGUCUCCCCUUUCGCCGCUCUCGUCAGAUGUUGAAAAAAGCGAAGACAAAAAGGAAACCUGUCAUCCCUCCCCUGACCUCACUUGCACUCGCACUCAAUCUGCCUCCUCAGCAUGUGAAACCCCCUCAAAAGAUAUUGGUGACCUGGGGAUUCGACUGCGUUCAUAUUCCUACUCUUCCCCAAAGAUCAGUUUGCGUCCUGCUCGCUUCACCCGGGAAAACCACACUACAGAUAUAAGCCCUGAGCAAAGAACCACCAUGGUGUCAGAGCAGUCUCAUGAAAAAAGGGACAUUAGGUUCCGUAAGCGAGCUCAGUCAGCCGAUGAUGAUGAUGAGGGCGGCAUGGAGCUGGCAGAGUCGCUCCAACAUCUCACCCUGUCAGAGUUUCUCAAAGAAAUUGAAGAGGAGGAGUUGGAUAAGUACACCAUCCCGACUAAGGUGGAGUCUGAGAAGUACAAAGUGAUUCGCACGUUCAGUUUUCUCAAGAGCAGGAUGUCCAGCACACGCAACAAGACCAAGGGGAAGGGGAAGGACAGAGAGGCAAAGGACAGACAGCCGAAUGGACAUCGGUUCAGCACAGGAGCCUGUUUAGGCCCCACCGUGUGCUUGGUGUGUGACAAACCAGCAUCAGGAAAGGACAUGCUGCAUUGCUCCAGUUGCACUGCUAUUGUUCAUAAAAGCUGUAAGGACUCUCUCCCCCCGUGUUUGAAGAAACUUCAGGACAAGUAUGCGGUUACCAUGGUGAAGAACAGGACAGCAUCUCUCCCACAGAAUUUCACAGUGAGAGACAGUCCUCCCCAGCCUGUGAUCCCUGUCUCAGCCUCUGUACCUGUCAUGACCCCAAAGGAGAGGAAGGACACUUCAACCCAGCCAAGCACUUUCUCUGGGAGUUUCCCCAACAGCGACAGCCGGCUAAGUGAGAGCCCAGACACAGAGUCCGACAUCUCGAGGGUGAUCAGUCGAUCAGAGGAGCUUCUGCCCACUCCAGCGUCCUCCACGUCCACUGACUCAUCCAUAGGAGAAGACUGUGUUGAUGCAUAUAUCCAUAGCGACAUGUCAGCUGAUGCCGCGGAUUAUGAGGCCGAGUCGUGGAGUCUGACAGUGGAGCACAAGUUCUGCAAGAGGCACGACAAACGAGCUGUCAAGAGGCAGGAUGUAAUCUAUGAGCUGAUGCAGACCGAGCUCCACCACCUGCAGACUCUCCACAUCAUGGCCGAGGUUUUCAGGCGAGGUAUGAAGGAGGAGGUUCAGCUGGAUACAGAAGCGGUGGAGCGGGUCUUCCCCUGUCUGGACCAGCUGCUUCUCUUUCAUCACGCCCUUUUUGCCGCCAUGAAGGAGCUGCGACACAGCUCGGCCCAGCCUCAGGGAGACAGGAACUACCUCAUAGAGAGCAUAGGAGACGUCCUGCUCCAACAGUUUUCAGAUGAGAACAGUGAGAAAAUGAAGCAGGUGUAUGGAGAUUUCUGCAGUCGUCACAAUGAGGCGGUCAGCUUUUUCAAAGAGCUCCAGCAGCACAACAAGAGAUUUCAAAUCUUUAUUAAGCAACAAGGCUUCAACUCUUUGGUCAAACGGAGGGAGAUCCCAGAAUGCAUCCUGCUGGUAACCCAAAGGAUCACAAAGUACCCAGUGUUGCUGGAGAGGAUCCUUCAGUAUACUCAAGAGGAAACAGAAGAGCACGCAGACAUCUCCAAAGCACUGGCUCAGAUCAGAGAAAUCAUAGCCGCAGUGGACCUGAGCGUGAGCGAGUACGAGCGGCACCAGAGGUUACAGGGAGUGUGGAGCCGCAUGGAGAAUCGCAGCGCCGCCAAGCUGAAGAACGGCCACACCUUCCGCAAGCAGGACAUGAUGAGGCCGGGACAGACGCUGAAGCACCAGGGCCUGCUACUGUGGAAGACCGCCACAGGUCGACUAAAAGAUGUCCUGGCGCUGCUGCUCACAGAUGCUCUCAUCUUCCUGCAAGAGAAAGACCAGAAGUUCACCUUUGCUGCUGUGGAUCAGAAGCCUCCGGUCAUCGCUCUGCAGAAGUUAAUCGUGCGAGAAGUGGCGAACGAAGAGAGAGGCAUGUUUUUGAUCAGCGCGUCAGCCGCAGGGCCCGAAAUGUACGAGGUCCACACGUCAUCCAAAGAGGAGAGGAACACCUGGAUGAGGCUCAUUAGAGAGGCCGUGGAGAGCUGUCCUGAGGAAGAAGAGGAAUACACAAGCGAGUCUGAAGAGGAGAAGAGAGCCGCUGAAGCCCGGAUUCUAAAGAUCCAUAAGUUCCAAGAGAGUCUGCUGAGUCAGGACCAGCGGAUCUGCUCCAGCCUGGAGGAGAAGCUGCAGAUCUACGCCGAGCUCUCUGCUCUGAGUGGGAGGACGGAUGCCUCGCUGGUCGAGCCGCGUCUGCUCGUCCAGCCGCAGUUGGAGGAGCCGCCCCAGGCUGCUGUGUUACUGGCUGCAGCUUUAAAAGAGGCUGAGAACCUGAAAGCCGCUCUGACGUCCAAAGCCUCGUCUCCAUCAAGGCCAGACUCCGACGCAGACUUCCUGUUCCCUUCUUGCUCUGAUGCACCUCAGCAGCUGCAGCUCAGCUCCGACUCUGAGACCUCACCUGAAAACCCUGAGACCAGUGAGGGGAGUUUGUCUGAGCCGGUCUGCCUUCAGUCUGCGGCUCCUCUGCAGAAUCAAACAGACCCACACAUCCAUUCUCAGGUCGCUCAAAGUGUCCAGAGCUUGACGCAGUUACUCUACAGUCUGCAGGCUGCAGUGACCCUCCAGGACAGCUGCUACGAGGUCCAGAGGCUCCUCCUCCAAGAGUCCGGCCGCCCGUCUCCCCGUGCCCCGCGACAGCACCUCCCCAGCAUCCGUGUCAACUCCCUCCAGGAGCAGGAGAAGCAGCGGAACCUGGAGAAGCGGAAAGAGGAGGUGGCGUCUGCACGGCGGCUCCAGGAGCAACUGCGCCAGGAGAAGGAGCGCUGGGAGAGGGAGUGCCAGGCCAGGGAGUGCCAGCAGGGGGAGCAGGAGAGCAAGCUGGAGGAGCGGGAGAAGCAGUGCCACCUGGAGGCGGAGAAGCUGAGGCGGGAGAGGGAGGAGUUGGAGGAGCAUCAAGAGGAGUACCAGCAGAGUUUGGAGCGGCUCAGGGAGGGUCAGAGGAGCGUGGAGAGGGACCGAGAGAAGCUGGAGAGUCAGGAGAAGCUGCUGCAGACCUGGAGGCAUGGCAGGCAGAGGAGUCUGCCCACUGUGAUCCCUCACAUGGUCAUCCCUCUAGACGGGACACAGGACUCGAGUCAGUCCAGAGACCACGCAGGCAACGGCUCCGUGUUCGUGAACGAGGCCGCCUUCGCCAGCACCAGCGUCAACAACCGCCACAUCAACCACAAAAGAAAUGACCCCAGCGCACACAACUGUCUCAACACACUGCUAGCAAGAACCAACAGCAGACAGUCUCCCAUCACUAAGACCUCCAACAGUCAGCAUGCAGACCCAGAGGGGUGGGUGAUGGAGACGGGAUACCUGUACAGCUCUGCAGGACGGCUGGGGCUGCAGCACUCACCAACAGAUCUGAACAGUCACAGCUACAUCGGGGAGACCUGGUCGCCGACUGCAAGCGGAGCUGACCCAUAUCCAGUGCUGCCGCAUACCAGUGACCCUCAGCUGGACCUCAGCGCCCUGGUUUCCCUGGAGACUGACAUCACAGGGGAGGAGGGCAGUGAGGAAACCAUUGUGUAUUUAUGAGUGUUGAUAAAUUUCAGACUCUAAAAGAAACAGCAAACACAGCACUCGGGAAAAGAAAGAGACUUUCAGGCUGGCCUCAGAAAGCAUUUCUCUAUUUCAGUCUUUGUAUCUUAAUGAAACAUGUUUGUGAUCUUUUAAUCAUCUGCUUUAUGUAAAGUGUAAUGUUACUCCAGACACAGAAAAAGAAACUGAGCUUGUUUCAGUCUCAUGUGUGUCCUGCACCUUAGCUCGAGGCUCCUCUGGGUGUUAAAUAUCUCCUUAUUUUCAGCUCUCUCUUUUUUCCUCCUCAGUGUGUGUGUGGUCUUUAUUGACUGGGCCCCUCAGCCUCACCUUCCCAUCCCUCCUUCCCUUUUUUUUUCUGUCCUUCCCUACGUGCCUCCUUUUUUAGUCCCGGGUCCCUCGAGCACUAUAUUUAUUAAAUUUACCACAUAAGGAGAAAAAGCGUGGAGUCAAUAUCAGAAAAAACUCAGCGCCUUCUCUCUGGCAGGCGUUUGUCCGUGUUGGGAUGAAGUAAACUGUCCCUCUUUCAUUUAUCAGACACGCUCUGUUUGAGCGCAGGCCGAGUGUAAUGUGAAGCACAAAGCAUUGGGAUUGAAAGAUGAGGUGCGACAGCAUCAGUCCCACGUUUUUCAGACAGGACAGCUAGAGUUGUCAUUUGCUUCUUCUUAUCUAAGGCCUGUUUUUCUUGAUAAGAUUGAAUAAACACAGAUCUGGUUUGAAGAGAAAUGUUGCAGCUGUGUUAUAAUGUCGAUUUUAUCAGAGUGUAUUCAACUGAGAAGCCUUGUUUUGAGACGCUCUGUUAAAGAAAACAUGGUUUAAACCAUUUAAGCACCAAAUAAUUUUAUACCAGCUAACUCUAAAAUUCUCCAGCUUUCAAUGGCUACUUUAGUGUUUUUUCAUUUGUGUGUUAUUAGCAACUCUUGCAGCCUCGCCAAGAGAUAAGAAUUGAAAGCUGUGAAAUGAUGUGGUCACAGGAUGAAUUUGCAAUACCAUGAUUUUUUUUAUUAACGUUAAAGCUGCUGUUGGUAGUCAUGAUAUAAACCAGAUUUCCCCUACUUCUCGUACGGGGUCUAGAGGAAGUAGUCCCGGCUUCCCAGCCAAUCAGGACAACGUAGUAGGGGCCGCCACUCCACCAAUCAGGACAGAGGGUCGAAGAGUAGCUCUGAUUGGUCCGUCAUAACGGGAACGAGGGGAAUAAUAACAUUGCUUGAUACAAAGGCAUUGGAAAACACAGAUUUCAUCAUAAUCUCAAAUAACUUAAAUUACUCAUGAGCACAGGUGGGAACUAUGACUUUUUUUCCAAACCCAGCUAAAAAAAAGUAACAUUUUUUACCCCAUUCCUACCAACUGCACCUUUAAGAGGUGAAACUACUUAUCUACCACAUUUAUUUGUAACUAAAUACCUGAAAAACUAAAGAUAAACCAGUCAGCUUCUUCCAUUCUUUAUGCUAAGUGCUAAUUAGCCAACACUAGCAUGCUAACAUCCACUGAAACCAGUAAGUUGAUCUCUGUAAGCAUCAAAGCUUUUAAUAAUUAGCAGUUUUGCUUUGUCAUUGUUAGCAUGUUGACAUAAGCAUUUACCUUGAAGCACCUCUGUGUCUCAGUAUAGCUUCACAGAGCUGCUAGCUUGAUUUCUGAUAUUAUGCUAGGUUAUGUUUCUUUACUAGGGUUGCCACCUUGGAUUUGUGAAAAUAAAAAGGGACACACGGCUGAUUGUUUGGGGCGGAGGCCUCGGCCACUAUUACCAGUUCAGACUGACCAAAUGAACAUAAAAUUUGGACACACUUUUCUUCUGGUGAACCUUUUUUGGUCAUAAAAGUUGCAAUGGCUGCCUGUUUUUGUUUCUUUGAUACCACAGCUUGAUGCUUUUUUGUUUUUGUGUGGAUUUCCAAUGCGUUUUAAAAAAUGCAUGUGGCUGAAAAAUUAUUUCCCUGGGUCGGCCGUACCCAUUCAAACUCUGACAGUGUCGCCCAGUCAGGAUUGUAACUAGUAUAUUGGUUUUUUUCGUGCUGGUGGCGUGCAUAUAUUUGCUCCAUCUCCUUCCUCGUCAGUCGCCUCUCCUCCCAUUUCAAAUGGAGACGCCAAAAGUUGGUGAAAAGAAGACCUCAGUGCGGAGUACGUCGGUCAAUUCAGCUUGCUGUCUCUCUUCGGUCAAGUUUCCCUCCCUGCUUGAGACGCUUUGAGCGCUAGGGCCCGAGCAGAACCCCAGAAGCACGGGGGGGGGGACCUUUCUAGACUACAGAACGAAGGAAAUCAAAUGAGGUUUUUGCAUUUUCCCCCAAAAGUGGGAGAGAUUUUUAUUUUCCUGGGACAGCUGGUGAAAAAAGAGAACAAUUCUGGGAAAAACAGGACGGGUGGCAACUCUAAUCUUUACCCUACAACAUUUCCUGCAUUUAGCUAAAACAAAGGAAGCAGAGUGGACAUUUUUGUCUUGAAAUAGUACCUUUAAGUACCUAAAACAAUAUAAAGUUGCCUUAUUGAUGCUGUCACGCUCACUGCUAAUCUAUUUCAACUUGAACAGGCUAUGUGUUGUAAAUUUGAGUCUUAUCUCAUAUUGACAUUUUGUAUGUGUGAAGCUCCCUGUGCCAAUGCUUUUCAAACUUUAAAGAUACAUUUGUCUAAUUUCUGUCUUUGAAGACAACAAUGCAGUGGCAGCGUUUUGAUGUAAUUUUAGUAACAUGUAUAUACUCUUAUGCUUUAUUUAUUUAUUCCAAUACAAAAGAGUGUCAGUGUUUUUCAGUGCUUUGUGAAGAGUCGUGUUGUAAAAUGAAGUGCGGCUGUGUAAACACACGAACAGGUGUUUUUUGUUCCUUGUAUUGAUAAAACUACUUUUAUUGAA